UUAUUAUUUGAGAAAGAGUUUACCAAAACUAGAGUCAGUAGUUGAGAAAGAGAGAAACGAUCAUCGGUAUCUGGAAAUCGAGCGAGCAAAAGAUGAUGGCGAAAUUGAAGAUUGCUGGGACAUGGUCAGGUGUAUUAGAAGAAGUGAAUUUAGAGAAUUGGACCAUAUCUUGUUUACGUGAAGAAGUUGCUAAAAGAUCAAAUUGCGAAAACCCUCACUUCAUCAACCUCAUAUGUGCCGGUAGAAUUCUCAAAGAUGACGAUGACCACCACCACCACAAUGGAACCCUAACUUUGUCUCAAUUGGGUGUCAAAAACAACUCCAAGAUUCUCGCUACUCUCUCAUCUCCUCAACAAGGUCACUCCCUUGUUGUCCAAGAACAAAGCUCUCAGAGGCUUGCACGUAUUAGGGCUGCUGCGACUGCAUUGGCUGAACGGCAUGCAGAUGGUUCAUUACCUCUGGAAGACUUUAGCAUAGAAGUUGAAGAUCAAAGUGGACAGAAAGUACGCUUAGGAUCAGAGAUUGAUCAGAGGGCAGUAAUGAUGGGACUCAUGCUUCAUGCAAAGGGGAAGCAUCUUAUCAAAGGGGGAAAUUACAAAGAUGCACUUGAAGUGCUUACUAUGGGAGAGGAGUCAUUCUCUAUUUGUGAUCCUAAAGUCAUUGAGCUUAUUGACAAUGUUCCAAUACUGCAAAUUGACAUGGUAUGGUGCUACUUUAUGCUACGAGACAUUAGAUGGCUAUCAGAUGCAGGGAAGCGCCUUGAAAUGGCUAGGGCAGGAAUUGAACGUGCUCAUGGGAAGGAUUCUCUCCGCCUCAGACUCUUGCAAGGUGGUCGCUAUCCGGAAGUUGCAUUGCAUUUGAGACUAGAGCUACUUGAAGGGGUGGUCGCAUUUCAUACUGGUCAGUUGGAAAAAUCUAGGCAAGCUUUAGCUUCUGCAAGAGCAAAGUUUGUUCAGCUGCAAGUGCCAGUUGAAGCCUUAUCACUUGUCAUGAGCAUGGGCUACAGUCAACGUAAUGCAAAGAGAGCGUUGCGAAUGAACAAUCAAGAUGUUGGGGGUGCCAUUGAUUUCCUUGUUGAGGAGAAGGCAAAGAAACUGCAAAAAAGGGAGGAAGAUUUAAAAAGGAGAGAUGAAAUCUGGGAACAAAAGCAGUAUGGGGUGACCCCCUUAAAGAAGGCCGUGGAUCUGGAGAGACUGAAGGAAUUGGUCACUAUUGGGUUUGAGAAGGAGCUUGCUGCUGAAGCCCUUAGAAGAAAUGAAAAUGAUACUCAGAAGGCAUUGGAUGAUUUGACGAAUCCAGAAACUAAUUCUGAUUUACAGGUUAAGAUUGAGUCAAGGAAAAUGAAAAGACAGAAGAAAGCAAAAGAUUCUGCAAUUGAAAAAGUUGUGCAAAUGGGUUUUGAAAGAUCAAGAGUGGUAGCUGCUUUUGAGGAAGGCGGCAAUUUAGAAGAAGUGUUGCAAAGACUGACAGCACAACCAUUGGCGGAGAAUAUGCAACCUCAAGUGAAUUCAACUGCAGCUUCCGAUGGUGGUGGAAGUUCAUCUAAUCCUUUGCCAGAAACUGCUAGUUCUGGUAUUGUAGACCUAAUGAAUGAGGUUGAAGAUCUUAAUGAAAUAGACGAAAGGGAUGUGGAAAUGGAAGAUGAGCUUUCUGCAGAUAUAGCUAACGGAGAUGCCUUUACUGAUUAUGAUAUUGAAGUUAAUAUUGAAGGGGAAGCCAUAACUGAGUACCUGUCUAUGGUUGAGACAGCAGCGAUUACUUCCAAAUAAGAAGAAAAUGAUUUGAAGACUAUCAGUUUAUGUAAUUAGCAGGAUUAUAAAGACAAUGAAUCUGUUUCUGCUCUUUGCUUUAGGGAGCUUGUAAAUAUCUGGAUGAGUACAUUCCCCGUCGUUUUUAUGAUAAUUAUUAUUUUAACAUUAAAUACUUA